AUGUCUGCACCACAACCCGGCAAACCCGUGGCAAAGCUUAAGACGGCGUCAACACCGCCGUGGUACGCCGCCUACGCCGCCCCCCGGAAUGCGCAGCCCGACAGCGUGACGCGCCAAGAGGUCCUGGCGAUGCUCAAAGCACAGCUCAGCGACCAAAACAAUACCAGCUCCCCGAACUUCAUUCUCGUUGAUCUUCGACGCGUUGACCACGAGGGCGGCACGAUCCGCGGAUCCGUCAACCUGCCCGCGCAGACUCUCUACCCGGCCAUUCCGACGCUGUACUCCGUCCUGCGCGCCGCCAGCGUGCGAAAGGUCAUCUGGUACUGCUCUUCCUCGCGCGGCCGCGGAACCCGUGCGGCGGGCUGGUUUGACGACUACCUCUGCGACCAGGAUGACAGUGGGAUGGAAAGCCUAGUCCUAGUGGGUGGGAUCAAGGAAUGGGUGGGUGCGGGGACCGAAUACACGCAGUGUAUGGAUGAAUAUGACGCGGCGGCGUGGUUGGAGAGCUCGUAA